AUGGCGACUCCCCUGCCUCUCUUCUCCCAACUUCCGGCAUCCAAACCUCCCCAGCAACAAUUCACCCAAUUUACGGCCACCGCUCCACCCCCACCGUCUCCUCUCUUCUCCUCUCCCAAACCGGCCGUGAAAACCCACCGCACCAGAAUCCAGAGCAAGUUCGGAUCCUUCCUCGACCUGAAACCCGAAUCCGUACCCGAACCCAUAAUUUUCCCUGACCUCCCCUGGCACGACCCGACACCCUCGCCGCGAUCCUCGCAAUUCGACGUCAUCAUCAUCGGCGCCGGCCCCUCCGGCCUCCGCCUCGCCGAGCAGGUCUCCCUCCGCGGCGUCCGGGUCUGCUCCGUCGACCCGUCGCCGCUCGCCUCCUGGCCCAACAACUACGGCUCGUGGGUCGACGAGUUCGAGCCCAUGGGCCUCUCCGACUGCCUGGACCACACCUGGCCCAUGGCCACCGUCCACAUCGACGACACCCGAACCAAGUACCUCGACCGGGCCUACUGCCGGGUCAACCGAACCAAGCUCAAGACCAAGCUCCUCACCAACUGCGCCUCCAACGGCGUCGUUUUCAAGUCCGCCAAGGUCUGGGAAAUCCACCACCGCGAGUUCGACUCCACCGUCGCCUGCGACGACGGGACCGAACUCAAGGCGAGCCUAAUCGUCGACGCGACCGGAUUCGGCACUCCGUUCAUUGAAUACGACAACGUUUACAAGACAAAACCCAGGAACGAAGGGUUCCAGAUCGCGCACGGGAUCUUGGCCGAGGUGGAAGGAGGGCAUCCGUUCGAUCUGGACAAGAUGCUGCUGAUGGAUUGGAGGGAUUCACACAUGGGGAACGAGCCGUACCUUCGAUCGGGGAAUUCGGAGUUCCCGACGUUUCUCUACGCGAUGCCGUUUGAGCCCGAUUUGGUGUUCUUGGAAGAGACGUCGCUCGUCAGCCGGCCGACGUUGCCGUACAAGGACGUGAAGCUGAGGAUGGCGGCGAGAUUGAGGCAUAUGGGGAUUAAGGUGAAGCGGGUGAUCGAAGAGGAGAAGUGCUUGAUUCCGAUGGGCGGGCCGUUGCCGCGGAUUCCCCAGAGCGUGAUGGCGUUUGGUGGGAAUUCAGGGGCGGUUCAUCCUUCUACAGGGUACUUGGUGGCGCGCACUAUGGCUCUGGCUCCAACCAUGGCCAACGUCAUAGCCGAGUGCCUCGGUUCGACCAGGAUGAUCCGGGGCCGACCGCUGUACGACCGGGUGUGGAAAGGAUUGUGGACCCCGGAAAGGAAGUCGGAGAGGGAAUUCUACCGGUUCGGAAUGGAGACAUUGUUGAAGCUCGAUCUUGAUGGAACUAGGAGGUUUUUCGAUGCCUUCUUUGACUUGGAUCCUUACUAUUGGCAUGGGUUUCUUUCUUCAAGGUUAUCACUUGGAGAGCUUUUGAUGCUGAGCUUGACUUUGUUUGGCAAUGCCUCUAAUCCUUCCAGGCUUGAUAUUGUUACCAAGUGCCCUGUUCCUCUGGUCAAGAUGGUUGGCAAUUUGGCCGUUGAAACCAUUUGA